AGCUUUUCAUCUGCAGUGAGAACAUCACCACUUACCAUUCACAGGCAGUUCUUGUCCUGAAACAAGAGGACUGUUAUUGGCUACUCCUGUUCAGACUUUCCUGUAUCUAAUUGGAUACAAGGGGAACUGAGUGGCUUUUCUUAUAACUUCUGGAAGAAGAAAGUGUUUCAGAAAGGCACAGAGAUGGGACAGGAUGAGAAUGAAGAAGUGUCAUGCAUGCCAGCACAGAUUUAGUGGUUUGCCUUGGCUCAUGCAAGUCUCUGCUGCAGCAUUCGUUCUUGUAAUACAUUUGUACCUGGUGUUGCAUCUGGACUCAGGGCUUAGCUCUGUGUAAAUCACAGAGCAUUCUCCUUAGGAUUUGCACAGGUAUUGUGUAGUAUAGUGGCAUAAUUUUAUAAUUUAUUUAAACAUAAACCUGACAGACAUUUCAGAACAACUGUAAGAUGCUUAUAAGAAAGCAGCAAGCAAGGAAGGAAGAGGAAGAGGAAGAGGAAGAGGAAGAGGAAGAGGAAGAGGAAGAGGAAGAGGAAGAGGAAGAGGAAGAGGAGGAAGAAAAGAAAAGAAAAGAAAAGAAAAGAAAAGAAAAGAAAAGAAAAGAAAAGAAAAGAAAAGAAAAGAAAAGAAAAGAAAAGAAAAGAGAAAAGAAAAGAAAAGAAAAGAAAAGAAAAGAAAAGAAAAGAAAAGAAAAGAAAAGAAAAGAAAAGAAAAGAAAAGAAAAGAAAAAGAAAAGAAAAAAGAAAGAAAAAGGAGAAAGAGAACGGAAGAGAGAAAAGGAAAGCAAGCAAACAAGAAAGAAAAAGGAAAGAGGAAGAAAGGAAGAAAAGAAAGAAGGGAAGGAAGGAAGGAAGGAAGGAAGGAAGGAAGGAAGGAAGGAAAAAAAGCAUUUUAAUAUCAGCUACAGUUACUUCCAUGUACCAGCACGAUUCACAAGCAUGGGAUUUUGGUUUUGCAAAGUCUUUUUUUGUUUGUUUGUUUGUUUUUGUUUGUUUGUUUGUUUGUUUUUUUUUUUGUUUUUCAAUCUGACAUGAAUCAUCACAGAGAAACAAUCAGAAAGGACCCGUCCCAAGGGAUCCUCGGAUUCCCAGCCCAGUUCUGCCCAACACAAGUUGAUUAUCACAUUCCUUAAAUGUCUCAUCAGUACCAUGAAUGGUUGCUAGUGACUGGUUUUGCUGGAAAAACCAGAUCAUUAAGUGGGAAUGUGAGAAUCUGGCAGGGGGCUCUCGGUCUACUUAAGAUCUUUCAUGUAAGGGCAGAGAAACAGAAUUUGGAUUUCUAGAAACAUGGCUCUUGUAAGUAAUCACGGUUACUUAGUUUCUGCAGGGGUUUGGGUUUUCCUGUCUCUGUUUUGCUUGGGCAGUGGUGGAAAGCUGUUGGUUGUGCCUAUGGAUGGGAGUCACUGGCUCAGCAUGCGCCCAGUGCUGGUGGCCCUUAGUCAGAAAGAGCACAAAAUUGUCGUCAUUGCACCAGAAGUCAACUUGAAUGUGAAGGCAUCUGAAUACUACACUCUCAAAACAUAUCCAGUGCCUUUAACUAGGGAAGAACUGGGAGUAAGCAUGCAUUCGUUUGCUAAUGAUCUUUUUGAGAGAAGACCUCUUCUUCAAAGAAUUACUGCACUUUAUGAAAAAGUUCACGUCAUCUCUGAUCUCUACUUCUCCUCCUGUGCCAACUUACUGCACAAUAAGGAUCUGAUGCAGUAUCUUGAAGGGAGUAAAUUUGAUGCUGUUCUCACAGAUCCUGUUGUACCAUGUGGACAAAUAUUGGCUUUGCAUCUCUCAAUUCCAUCUGUUUUCUUUUUACGAGGACUCCCCUGCAGUUUUGAUUUGCAGGCUGCUCAGUGUCCAGACCCCCCAUCUUAUGUCCCGAGAACAUUUACAGACAACUCAGACCACAUGACAUUUAUCCAGCGUGUGGAAAACUUAGUUCUCAAGGCAUCAGAAUCCUUUCUUUGUAAUUCUGCCUAUUUGCCAUUUGAACUUCUGGCCUCGGAUUUUCUCCAAAGACAAGUAACAAUGACGGAUCUUUUAAGCCAUGGAUCCAUUUGGCUUAAAAGAAUGGAUUUUGUUUUUGAAUAUCCCAUGCCACUGAUGCCCAAUAUAGUUUUUAUUGGAGGUAUAAAUUGUGGAAAGAAAAAGACAUUACCUCAGGUCAGUGAUUUCCUUGAUAAAAUAUAUUAAGCUUUGAAUGGAAAAUGCUGUUUGCAAUAAUCACCUUACUAUAUGCUGUGUCUGUAUGUAAUUGUAUACAAGUAUGUGGUGUUUAGAUUUGCAGUAAGGUGCAUUGUAAAGAAAAUAUGUGAAAAACUGUGUUAAUUUUAAUUCUCUCCCACUAUUGCAGGUACUCUAGUGGUAUCUAAGCAGUUUUGCUUAUACAAUUGUUUUUUUUUUUGGACUAGGUGGAAAAAGUUGUGGUUUAUCACUGCUGUCUUGCUAACGAGGCACACAUCUAGGCAGGUCUGCUGCUCAUCUUUGCUAGGUAUUAUUACCUCAAACUGUUUUACUGAUUCUUUUCAAAACAAUUAUUUUUUUCUCAGUUAAUACAACCAUCCUUUCAGAAUUUAGAAAUAAUGUGUCAUAAAGUGUCAAUUGGCAGGUAACAUUCUGAUUGUUCUUUCAGUCUAGGGUUAUGCUUGCAAAGCAUGGAUGCCUUAUGCAAUUUUCUGCAAAUCUUUUGGAGGGUUUUGCAGCUGCUAGCCAGCACCAAGCCAUGUACAACAGCUUGCAUUACCUACUGAAAAGCUUCCCUAAAAAGAGUUUAUCUAGAGCUGAAGUAGAUUGCUAAAUGCGCAUUUAAAAAAAAAAUAAAUCUGGUAUACGCUAUCAAUCUCAGUAGUAAAUUAUAGUAUUGUCUACAAUAUUUCUGUUUCAUCAUUUUUAUAACCAGGGCUGACUGUCUAUGCAUGAAGGAAACAACUUUCCUUUCACAGCCCUGGGGUAUGCUCUUCCCAGGCAGAACCAGAAAGGUAUUCAUGAGUUGCUAAUCCAGUUUUAAGUAUAUCUGCCAAAAACAUGGCCUUAUCUUUACCCCUUCCAGCCCUACUUCAUCCUUCCAAACACAGACAUUUCAGAAAAAUAGCCAACAUGGGUUCACAAGGGCUAGGUCCUGUUUAACAAAUUUGAUUUCCUUUUAUGAUAAGAUCACCCAUCUAAUCGAUCAAGGGAAGCCAGCUGAUGUAAUCUUUUUGGAUUUCAGUAAAGCUUUCGAUACAGUUUCCCGUAGGAUCCUACUGGACAAAAUGUCCAGCAUACAGCUAGAUAAAAAAAAUCAUACGAUGGGUGAACAAUUGGCUGAUGGU